AUGGUCCCCAUUGGACCGUGUCUGUCGAGCGGUGAGGAAAGUCCUCCGCGACGUCUGGUGCCCCUUUCCCUGAACCAACUGAAAGCCGGCGAGAUCAUUCAACGAAGUGCUUACGCCUUGUCUUUUCCCCAGGUGCACGGCGAUGCCAAGAACCUCGUCUGUAGCAUCGAGGGCCUGCUCCAGUGCCGCGCCCUUCCCGCCACCGGCGCCGGCCACGUCGUUCCCAAGACCAUCCUCGGGAACCCCGCCCUGCUCGCCGUCCAGCGCCAGUCGCGGGACAUUACCGGCGAUAUGCGCGAGCUGAUCUCCCUCUCCCGCCGCGAGACCACGCUCAUCACGCGCAAUUUUGACCACGCCCGCAGGAUGCGGCACCACCGCCGCGUCAUCGAGGAGCGCCACCGCGCCGCCCGCGCCCAUCACCAGCGCCCCGAGACUGAUGACGUCUCCCAGCUCGUAUGCCACGCCUGCAACACCCGCCGCACGCCGCAGUGGCGCAGCGGCCCGGCCGGUCCCUGCACCCUGUGCAACGUCUGCGGGCUGGUCCACGCCAUGAGGAUGCGGAAGCUGGGACGCACCAGGAGCAAGAAGGCUUCGGCGUCGUCCUACACUUCGUGA